CUGAAAUUGCAAGGUUUGCUGAGACAUCUCAUCUCUUAGUGGGGACGGAAGUACCUUAUACCACCUUCUACCAACACUUUUGACAGAAACUCGAAAUUCAUCGUACAUCAGUCAACAUGAAAAAUCUGAUUGUUCAACGCCAACGCUUCUUGCAAAGCAUCCAUAGACCUACUUAUUUGCAAAGGCCUGGUAGCGGUUUCUUGGUUUAUCCUUAUUACGCCGCCAUGGGUGGAAUUUCUUUGCUUUCCGUCUACUUCACUGGAAAGCUGCUUAUGGCUAAGAAGGAUUAAGCUUCUUUCCAGGCACGGUAUAGCUUUGCACGACCAUUUAGUCGUUUCUCUCUUUAUUGCUCUUCUCCUCUUCUCGAUUAAGCGGAUGUUCUCUCAUUAUAGCUACAUUUGUUUAAUUUUUAGCAAUCAAUAUGGUUUCAAUCCUUUACUCAAAAG